AUGUCUCAAACACAAACACCCUCGGCAGGAUGCUGCAACACCCCGGCAGUUGUAAGCAAUGGCUACAAGGAGAAGGGUCAAUGGACAACAGUCGAUGGAUUGAAGACCUAUGUUACCGGGCCGUCCACGGCCACUCAGGGCAUACUGGUUGUGUAUGACAUCUUCGGCUUUUUCCCCCAGACUCUCCAAGGCGCCGACAUCCUCGCCCAUGCAGACAACGAGCACCAGUACCAAGUCUUCAUGCCAGACUUCUUCGAAGGCAAGCCGGCCGACAUCUCGUGGUAUCCACCGGACACAGAGGAAAAGGGCAAGAAGCUAGGCGAGUUCUUCCAGACGACUGCGGCGCCCCCCAAGACUGUCGAGAAGGUCAAGAGCGUGAUGAAGGAACUGACGUCGAAGAACUCCGGCAUCCAAUUCUGGGGGAUUGUGGGGUACUGCUGGGGUGGCAAGAUCGUGAAUCUGAGCUCUGGAGCCGGCACGCCGUUCAAAGCCGCCGCAGCCUGUCAUCCAGCCAUGGUUGACCCCAACGACGCACCAAACGUUACGAUUCCAAUGCUCAUGAUUCCGUCCAAGGACGAAGACCAGGAGGCGGUCGACAAGUACGAGAAGGGUCUGAAAGUUGCCCACCAGAUUGAAUGGUUCAAGGACCAAGUCCACGGCUUCAUGGCCGCGAGAGGUGAUCUCGAAAAGGAUGAUGUCAAGGCCGCCUACGAAAAGGCUUACCAGCAUUUGCUCGACUUCUUCCACAAGCAACUGUGA